AUGGUUGAGAGUAAUUUACUGGCAAAUGGUUCAGUAAAUGGAUUUCUUGAUGGAAAACACUUUAACCGUUGUAAAAGAUUACACCCAAUGGUUGCUUUGGGGUUGGAAAUACUAUUUUUUAAAUCGUUCUUACAAAAUAAUAAUAAAACAUUAACGGAUGAUGUAAUAGAAGAAGUGAAAAGACUUCAAAACAGCGAAAUAUCGUCAUUUCACAUAGAAAAUGAAGAAUUAAAAGAAUUAAUAAAUAGUUACGGAAUUUACAAGCAACAAUCUCUCAAUGGCGAACAUGGUAAAACUGCACAGUUUUACUUAAUUUACAUCAACCUUAUAAACUAUUACCUGAAUCUAUCACGAAGCAUUCGGACUGGAAAUUUCGAGCUUUUUAAAUCGAUGCUACCCAAAAUCACAAAUAUAUUUUUUAUAUGUAAGUAG